GCUGCGCUGGGGCGUGGCGAGCAGGAUGGCGGCGCAGCUUGGCCCGCACGAGCUGCUGCACGUCUUCUCCUUCUUGGAGGCCCGCGACCUGCUGCUCGCGGCGCAGGUGAACAAGGUCUGGAAUGAGGUAUCAAUGACCAAGGAACUGUGGAGGCAGCUGUGUCUGAGACGCUGGGCCUCCUGCGGAGCCUUCCCAGUGGUCCUGGGCACACAGACAUGGAGGCAGUACUAUUUCUGCCGGUCUGAGCUGGAGUUCCGUGUGGAAUCUGGGCGGCCACGGGACUUCAUCAGCAAAGCUAUUUCUGGGCACGCAGGAAAGAUAGAUCAGCUGGCCUAUGUCUCACCCCAUGAGUACCGCUUUGAUGAAAUGGCAAGGUCCGUGGUUUGCACUGUGUCUUCAGACUGUACCGUCCGUGCCUGGGAUCUUCAACAGGGCACAGAGAUCUGGUCCAGCCCUGUGCAGCCUGCUCCUCUGGUGAGUUUGGUGGCCUAUCCCCUGCUGCAGUUGGUUGUCACAGUGGACACACAGGGCUUGAUCAUUGGUUGGAAAGCGGAUACUGGGUCUGAGUGGGCCUCGUUCUGCCUGCCGACCUCCUGCUCGUCCAUGGAGGCCUGUGGCCACCCAGAGGGCCCCUUCUUGAUGGUAGCCUGUGCUGAUGGGAACCUCUAUACACUGACAGUGCCUCAGCUGCAAGUGGUCUCCAAAGUGGCCACAUUUCCUCGUACCUCUGUGAGCCUCACAUGCUCACCUGACCAACAGUGGGUGUCUGUGUUGGCACAAGGGUCAGACGUAGGCCCAAAGGUGUUCUUCACUCAGCCCUUGCUUCACCCAUUAGAAGACGAACUUCCUGUCUCCACCACCCUCCCUGUCAGGCUGAGUUCCAGAGCCUGCUGGGCUCCCGAUGAGGCCUCCAGGCUGAUGGUGAUGCACAGAGAUGACAGUGGCGUGCACCUGGUCAUCACUACCUUCAGUUUAAAGGCCAACAAGUCCAGGGACAGAGUGAGCAUCCUGGCACAACAGCUGGCCAGCUUCCCCCUGCCGGGCACUGUGACUCCUCACCUCAUGCAGGGCCACGGCUCCCAAGUGAUCUUGCUGGCCUCCAGGUCAGAGCUGGUGCUCUUCACCAUCCAAGGCCUGCAGCUGGUGGCCUUCCGGGACCACCAGAGGCCCAUCACGUCCAUGUGGGUGGACCCGAACCGUGUCGUCACCUCUUCCUUGGACCUGUCCUUGCGCGUCUAUGUGUGGGAUAAGAAGAAGACAUGCCCUGUCCUCAGGAGCUGUUACCAGCUGCUCGGGGGGUCUCACAGAUGGGCCAGUGGAUUUACCCACGUGAAAAGUGACAGCAUGAGCAUUGCUGGGAUUGAAGCCAGAAGCAAUGGAACAAGUAUCCUGAGGUCAUACUGCUUCAAAGUUCAGCUGAGCUAGACUCUGCCCAUUGAAGAUGCUCUUACUUUGUGUGCAUGCAAACUCCUGACCAAAGAUGUUGUCAACUUUGGGAAAUGAGCUGGUAGGAUGACUACUGUAUGAGCAUAAUGGGCCGGGGAAGUAUUUGCUAUUGUCUUGUGUUUUGUUGUGUUACUCAGAAAAACAAAGGAGAGUAAGUAGCCAUCUUCAGCUGGUCUUCAAGGAGCUAAGCAAUGGGCCUAAGGCUUCUCAGAUUGCUGGACACAGACGGAGGGGACUGUGGUAGUGCUAAGAGAACCUGCUUGCUUACAGUGUCCAAACUGCACCAGAGUUGCUCUUGUUAUCCAGGCUGUAAUUAAAAUAUGCUUAUCUGCCUGUGCUGUGUUAUAUACUGGAGACACACAUUCACACAUCAACUUUGCUGUUGUUGAGAUGAAUUCUGUGAGACCCUCUCAAAAAAACGCAAGGGUACCAACAAAACAGAAUAAAGAUCAGAGCUUUUAGAGCUGGUCAGCAUGGGAGCCCAGGCUGGGUUAGUGAAUUGAGAGCCGUAUGUGCUCACAGUCACCCAUCAAAACCAAAAAUGGAACUUGGUGGGAGUCAAGAGAGCAUCUCACUUUGAAAGCCAAGGCUGGAGAACCAGCAUGGAGCAAGGUAGAGAGGCCGUAGGAGGCAGCCAGACCUGCUCGGUUCUGGCUCUCUGCGCCCUUAGUGUUUCCCUCAGGUCUGUCCUCUGCUACCACUGAACAGGGACCAGUGCCUCCAUGGAAAACACUCCCCAGCUGCUCCUGAGGGGAAUUCAGAGUGUUGCGUGUGUGUGUACAUGUAUGUCCAUGCUUCUGUGAUACGCUGUCCUGGGGUCACAGGUCCACAUAAAAAGUAGAAGCCUGAUUUCUUUCAGCUGCAAGAGGUACCUCCACUAAGACGCUUAAUGGGGAUUUUUCCUAUGUUUGAGGAGUAAAGACAGGAGUUGUAGACUGCUUUGCCUCAUAUCUGAAUGCAGCCUUAAGUGACAAUGUCUAGAUACUGUGGGCGACCAUGGCCAUGUAGGACACAGGUGAUAAUGCCAUAAGAGUGCCUGCCCUUCCAUGCUGAGCUGACCUGCCCUUUGCUGUCCCUAAUAUAUCUAGCUCUGCCCCUCACUGGAUGCUGCAGCAAGAGAGCUGGCUCCCCUGCACUUAGGAGAAAAGGCCCCACCCCUCACCAUGGGCAGGGACGAGCUGAUCCUGAUGGCAUGGGCAUAGGGGAACCCCUUGCCUGAGGGGAACAGCCCCAGUGGCCUGGACUAGCCAGCUCAACUUCCACCCAGGUCCACAGCCAUUCCUAGGUUGGCCCACCCUAACACCUACCCCAUCUAGGACCUGCUGGAGCUUGUGAAGGGGCUGGUCCUGUGGAAUAAUAACCACAGAAUCUCCAUGACUGAGGGUGGCUGCAAGACCAGUGACUCAUUGCAAUGAACAUUUGCAAGCAAAGCAAUGAUUGGACAAAAGGGUAUACUGUAUGACACACCUUGGCUCCCAAUGCCACUAGGAAGAAUGAAAAGAUUUGUAGAGGGGGAGAAAGAUGGAGGAGCAAAGAGAUUUUUGUUAUUGUUGUUGUUGCUGUAGUUGUUUUUGAUUUUUGUUUUUCUCUUUGUUUUGGUUUGAUUUUUUUUUAUUUUCAUUUGGGGGAACCACUGCAGGGUGGGGUAAGGAUAUGAAGGGACUGGGAGGUGAGUGGUAUUGGAGUGCAUGAUGUGAAAUUCCCAAAUAUUCAAUAAAGAAAUUAUGUUAAACCAAAAAAAAAAAGAAAGAAAGAAAAAGUGCCUGUCCUUGAAGCUGUCAGUGGAGGAGUCCUUGCCUAGUGCCACUACAGGACCACAUGGUGUCCAAGGCUCAUGGCUUGAUGAUGAGGAUAAGCAGGACUGAGCCAUCCCUGGAUGGCAGUGGGGAAGGGGAUGGGGACAAAAGAGAAAC